GCGUCAGAGAAGAAGAAUCCUCAGCAGUAUUUCGGCUUCUGGACUCAGAUUCAGAGUUCUGCUACAGGAUGGCCACUGUGGAGCAGUUGACCACUAUAGGACAGGUUCUGGUCAACCCAGAUCUGGACCUGAUGCAGCGCUUCAGAGCACUGUUCACCUUGAGGAAUCUGGGAGGCGCUGAAGCCAUAGAGUGGAUCAGCAAGGCUUUCACUGAUGAUUCGGCCUUACUGAAGCACGAGUUGGCCUACUGCCUGGGCCAAAUGCAGGACAGACGGGCCAUCCCCGUCCUGACAGCUGUUCUCAAAGAUACCAAGCAGGAGCCAAUGGUCAGGCACGAAGCAGGGGAGGCCCUUGGAGCAAUUGGUGAUUCAGUGGUUGUGGAAUUGCUGAAAGAGUACAGUCAGGAUCCUGUCAUAGAGGUAGCAGAGACGUGUCAGUUGGCAGUUUGUCGACUGGAGUGGCUUCUUAGUGGCGGAGAGACACAGCUGGAGGAUGGCAGUACCGAUAAGAACCCCUACUGCUCAAUAGACCCAGCUCCUCCAGCAUCCAGAAGGAGCGUACCAGAGCUACGCUCUGUGCUGCUAGAUGAAAGUCUGCCGCUGUUUGAACGCUACCGGGCUAUGUUUGCACUACGGAACCUGGGCACAGAGGAGGCUGUGGUUGCCCUGGGUGAUGGCCUGCAGUGCUCCAGUGCUUUAUUCCGUCAUGAGAUCGGGUAUGUUCUGGGCCAGAUGCAACACCCAGCAGCCAUACCAGCACUGCGGGAAGCUCUGGAACGUUCUAAGGAGAACCCAAUGGUCCGACAUGAGGCAGCAGAGGCUCUUGGGUCUAUUGGGAAAGAGGAGUGUCUGGCUGUGCUGCAUAGUUACCUUAGAGACCAAGAACGUGUUGUCAAGGAAAGUUGUGAGGUUGCCCUGGACAUGCUGGAAUAUGAAAACAGUGAUAAGUUCCAGUAUGCAGACGGACUGGUCAAUCUGCAGAGCUAAUACCACCCUGUACCUCACAUGACUGGGACCUUGAUGCAUUAGACAGGGUUCCAAUUCAGGCAGGAUACAUGAGGAAUGUUAUCCUUCAUACUUUUUCAGGUACAGAAAAGUGUGGAACAUAUUUAUUUCGUAAAUGUUUAUAAUCAUAAUACCAUUACUUCCUUUCUUACUUUAUUGAGUCCUUUUCUUUCAUUUUCUUCCUUGUUUCCUACUGUCUGGUUUUUGCAAGUUCCAUAAAUAUAUAUUGGGCUUCAGUAUUCUAUUGUUACAGUGAAUGUAACAGGCUAAUCAUUCUGAAAACUUUAGUCUGGAAAAGAUAUGUUGGAACCCUGAUUACACUCUGAAAAUAUACAAAAAGUAAAAAAAUAAAUAAAUAAAAUGAAAUACACUUUGGCUAAUUGAUUUUUAGUGCUCUGCUGCAGUGUUUUUCAACCCUGAUACUCAAGGCACACUACCCUGCAACGUUUAGGCAUUCCCCUGCUUCAGCACACCUGGUUUCAAUUGAUGGCUGAUUAACAGGGUUUUGUUGAAUUGCAGUCAUCUGAAUGAGGUGUGUUGAAGCAGAGGAACAUGUAAAACAUGCAGGUCAGUGUGCCUUGAGGAUCAGGGUUGGGAAAUUCUGCUCUACUCCAUGGGCUGAUGGGAAGCAGAUAGCACUUUAGAUUGACUAGGUCUGUUGUAUUUAUGUGUAUUUUUUGUAACCUCAUGAACUUCAUCCCACAUCACUGGUCUUUACAUGCAUUCAUUCAAAGAUGAUGGACAGGAAGAUAGCCAGAGUAUCCCUUCCUCUGUAUGGGACUUUCUCGACUUUGUGGCUAUUAGAAGUAUUGAAUAAAUAUAUAAACUGCUUGUCAAAUAUUCUGACCACUGUGGGCAUACACAUAUAUAAAGAAUAGAUGGCUCAUGGAUAGUGAUGUGCUAUCCAUAAGUAUCGUGGUGCAAUCAUGUUUUGAUCGCUGUGUCAACAACAGAUCAUUUUUACUCAGGUCGAAAAAUAAUUGCGAGAAUAGUCUUUGUUGUUAUUUCGUCCAAAAGCCAGCCAGCCAUCAGUAGCCAUAAGUAUCGAUGGCAGGGUUAUGGUUUUCAGGUCUCUGUUGGCUGUUGAAAUUUAUUUUUGUUUGUUAAAUAACAAGCACAUUAAAAUUUAAUCAUGG